GAUAUAGCAGUGAAAAAGGCCAGAAAACCCUUGGAUGGUGGUUUGAAUGUCUUACCCUCUCUCAUUUUCUUUCCCCAUCCCCCAGGAAGCUGGCUGGAGUGUGAUGACUUAAAAGGCCCAUGUGCUGAAAGACGUGAGCAAUUUAAAGUGCCUGCUUCAGAGAUACAUAUUGUUAUUUGGGAAAGAAAGGCGUCCCAAAUGGCAGAUAAAGCAGCUGCCUGCCUUCCACUGGAAAAGACUGAUGGCCAGCCCGCGUCCGGAGGUGAGGGGCAAGCGUCCCCGGCGGUAUUUUCUGUGGCUGACGCUGCCUCAGCUGAGGCGUCCUCAGGAACUCAGCCCCCAAAUACAUCUGUUGCUCCCACUCUUUCAUGGGAUGGAGUUGUAGCUCUUGAACAUCAUUUACUUCCAAGCCCAAAAGGUUUGGUUGACAGUAUUUUACCUUUGACAUUUGAAGAAACGCAGGUUAAAUCUGAAGGUUUCCCAUUAGUAAAUAAACCUGUGGCAGAAAAUGGAGGCGUUGUCAGAACAAAUACUCCACAAUCCCAAGAACCACUAAUGGCUUCUCUAGUAUCAGCUUCGUGUAAGGAAAAGCUUACCCAAGACCCGUGUGUGGAAUUAAGCUUUCCAUCUCAAAUUGUGAAUGCAGACAUGCAGUCUGUACAGCUGAGCGCAGAAGACACUGAAAUGACUGAACCCGUGAAUAAUGCCCGUGCUCUUGAUCCUAUACAGGAAGUAAAAGCAAUAGAAAUUGAAGGUACAGUUUCCUCAGAGAAGGACACCCCAUUAAAACAAUGUCUUUCACCAAAAACAGAGAAAUUAAAGCCAGAACAUUAUGUUAAACCUCAGGUAUCUAAUUCGAAGAAAAAAGAAAUUGCAGCAUGUUCUCAAACCAUAGCAGCUAAGUCACUACAGAAUCCAUCUCUGAAAGAGACUCAGAAGAAACCGUUUGUGGGAAGUUGGGUUAAAGGCUUGCUAAGCAAGGGGGCAUCUUUUAUGCCGCCCUGUGUCUUAGCUCAUAAUAGAAACACCGUAGCUGAUCUGCAGCCUUCAGUUAAAGGGGCCAGUAAUUUUGGUGGCUUUAAAACUAAAGGUAGAAACCAAAAGGCCAACCAGGCAUCCAGGAAAGCUCACAGGUUUGCAAGUAAGCCUCCUUCAGUUGGGGACCCUCCACCAAGUGACCCACUGCCAGGGGACGUGGCUUCUCAUCUACAGGCUGAUGUCAGUGCUGCUUCAGAAGUUUUGAAGAACGGUGAAAACGCCUCACAAGGAGCUCACCUCAGCCACAAUUCCUGUGGAAAUGAAAAUGGUGUUUCUUCAGUAAACCAUGGAGACUCAGUUGAGGGUCAGAUUCAUAAACUUCGUCUAAAACUUCUUAAAAAACUUAAGGCAAAAAAGAAGAAACUGGCUGCUCUUAUGUCUUCGCCCCAAAAUGGAAUGCCUGCAAGUGAAAAUGUAGAACCUGUGUCCCAGUGUGGGUCUCCUAAUGACUGUGACUCAAUAGAAGUUUUGUUAAAAGAACUACAAUAUCAAAUUGAUAUUGCCGAUAAUAAAUCCGGAUGCACCACAGUUUCUGGUGUUUCCUCUUACAGUGGUCAAACUCAUGAAGAAAUUUUAGCAGAAUUGCUGUCUCCUUCAACUGUUGUUUCAACAGCACUCUCAGAAAACGGGGAGGCUGACUUUAGAUACUUAGAAAUGGGAGACAACCACAUCCCGGCACCAGUACCUAAUGCUUUAGACAGUACUCCCCCCAACAUACAUCUGAGACAGGACCACAAUUACUGCAGCCCCUCCAAGAAAAAUCAAUGCCAAGUUCAACCAAACUCUCUCACAAGUAAUGCCUGCAGUAGAACAUUGAACUGGGAAAGUUCCGUGAAGACUGAUAUUUUUGAUGAAUUUUUUUCCACUUCAGCAUUAAACUCUUUAGCAGAUGACACAGACUUACCUCAUUUUGAUGAAUAUCUGUUUGAGAGUUGUUGAAAACUCUUUUUUAAUAUUUAUUCCUGCUCUUGGAAAAACUUGCCAUGAUUUUAGGUGG